UUGGUCAAUAUUUUUUUUUCUCAAUUUUCAGUAAGGAAGUAAUAGAAUAGAAUAUUGACAUUGACAAAGGUAUGGUCGUAGACGUGAGCGCAUGGAAACCCAACCCGGACGUGUUGCCGUAGAAAAACCGGAUUGGAUAGUCGGCGAUAGGUCCGAAUUUUGUAAGUGGAGAGAGAGAGAUUUGUUCUGGCAUUGUUUUGAGUCUCCUCGAUCGGUCAAAAGAACACGCAAAGCAAACCCAACCCAGCCACCCCCAACACAACACAAACCGUGUGCUAACAAUAGUAUAGUGGGUGUGAACCCCCAAACCCUAAUCCUUCGUUUCUAUGACCGAGUGCUGUUGGUGUCAGCAUGCGCUAGCUUCGUCGUCGUCGUCAUCGAUUUUCCGGUUUGUGAUUCUCGUGAUUCUUCUCGGGCCGAAUUAUUGGGUUUGACGGCAUGGAUUUGGUACCGAGCGUCAAGGAAAAGUUGAACUAUUUUCGUAUAAAAGAGCUCAAAGAUGUGCUCACUCAGUUACACCUUUCAAAGCAGGGAAAGAAGCAGGAUCUUGUUGAUCGCAUAUUAUCCGUUCUCUCAGAUGAACAAGUUUCAAAAAUGUGGGCUAAGAAGAAUGCUGGUGGAAAAGAACAGGUGGCAAAAUUAGUGGAUGAUACAUAUAGGAAAAUGCAGAUAUCAGGGGCCACUGAUCUAGCUUCUAAGGGACAGGGUGCAUCAGAUAGCAGUAGUGUAAAGGUUAAAAGUGAAUUUGAUGAUGCUUUUCAACGAGAUGUAAAGAUUCGCUGUCUAUGUGGAAGUAGAUUGGAAACAGAGGAUUUGGUCAAGUGUGAUGAUCCAAGAUGCCAUGUGUGGCAACACAUCAGUUGUGUUAUUAUUCCCGAGAAACCUACCGAAGGCAUCCCACCAGUUCCUGAUAAAUUUUAUUGUGAACUCUGUCGUCUCACUCGUGCAGACCCAUUUUGGGUUUCAGUGGCACACCCUUUGCAUCCUGUGAAGUUGACCACAACCAGUAAUCCAACUGAUGGAAACAACCCAGUGCAGAGUGUGGAGAGAACAUUUCAACUGACUAGAGCUGACAUGGACUUAGUAUCAAAACCAGAAUUUGAUGUUGAGGCUUGGUGUAUGCUCCUGAACGACAAGGUUCCAUUCAGGAUGCAAUGGCCACAGUAUACAGACCUGCAGGUCAAUGGUGUUCCUGUUCGUGCAACUAACAGACCUGGUUCACAGUUGCUUGGGGCUAAUGGUCGGGAUGACGGUCCAAUUAUCACGCCAUAUACAAAAGACGGAAUUAAUAAGAUUUCCUUAACAGGAUGCGAUGCUCGCAUUUUUUGUUUAGGGGUUCGUAUUGUUAAAAGGCGCAGCAUGCAGCAGAUCCUAAACUCAAUCCCAAAGGAGUCUGAUGGAGAGAAAUUUGAAGAAGCUCUUGCACGUGUCUGCCGUUGUGUUGGGGGAGGAAAUGCAGCUGAUGAUGCUGAUAGUGACAGUGAUUUGGAAGUGGUUUCAGAUACUUUCACUAUCAACCUUCGAUGUCCUAUGAGUGGUUCAAGAAUGAAGAUUGCAGGAAGAUUUAAACCCUGUAUUCACAUGGGUUGCUUUGAUCUUGAAGUUUUUGUGGAAAUGAAUCAGCGAUCAAGAAAGUGGCAAUGUCCUAUAUGUCUCAAAAACUAUGCUUUGGAGAAUAUCAUCAUUGACCCUUAUUUCAAUCGCAUCACUUCUAUGAUGAUGAACUGUGGCGAAGAAAUUGCAGAGAUUGAGGUGAAGCCUGAUGGUUCUUGGCGUGUUAAGGUAAAGAGUGAAAGUGAACGCCUGGAAUUAGGAAAUCUAGCACAGUGGCGCCUUCCUGAUGGAACCCUUUGUGUUUCAACUGAUGGAGAUGUUAAGAGAGUGGAUACAUUGAAGCAGGUUAAACAGGAAGGUGUUUCAGACAGUCCUGCUGGUUUAAAACUUGGCAUAAAGAAGAAUUGCAAUGGAGUUUGGGAAGUCAGUAAACCUGAGGGCACAAACACCUCUUCUGGUAAUAAUUUGAAAAGGGUUUUUGGAAAUCCCGAACAGGUUGUUAUUCCAAUGAGCAGCAGUGCCACUGGAAGUGGUCGGGAUGGUGACGAUCCUAGUGUAAAUCAGGGUGGUGGUGGGCAUAUUGACUAUUCCACUACAAAUGGGAUUGAGAUGGAUUCUUUGUGUCUCAAUAAUGUUGAUUUAGCAUAUGAAUAUACUGCACCCAACACUUCUGCCCAGGUGGGUGGUGCAGAAGUUAUUGUUCUUAGUGAUUCUGAAGAAGACAAUGAUCUGUUGGCAUCUCCUGCAAUUGCAUAUAAGAACAACAGAAAUGAUGCUACAGAUGGUUACUCUGUACCACCACCUGUAAUUGUUGAUUCAUAUACUGAAGAUCAUAAUCUUGGUGGAAAUUCAUGCUUGGGACUCUUUCCUAAUGAUGAUGAUUUUGGGAUGUCUUCCCUAUGGCCAUUGCCUUCUGGAAGUCAAGCUGGUCCUGGCUUCCAGUUAUUUGGUUCUGAUGCAGAUGUGUCUGACGCAUUGGUCCAUCUGCAGCAUGGUCCUAUGAAUUGCUCCUCGUCACUAAAUGGUUAUGCAUUGGCCCCAGAUACUGCUUUGGGAUCUGGCGGUAUCUUGCAAGAGUCCUCUGCUGGUCGCUCAGUUGCUGAUUUGAAUGGUGGUUUGGUGGACAAUCCAUUGGCAUUUGGUGGAGAUGAUCCCUCAUUUCAGAUUUUUCUCCCCACAAGACCAGCAGAUUCAUCCAUGCACAAUGAAUUGAGAGAUCAAGCAAAUGUGGCUAAUGGUGUCUGCACUGAGGAGGAUUGGAUAUCCCUUAGACUUGGAGGUGGUGCUGGUGGUAACAAUGGUGAUGCUCCCACUCAAAAUGGGUUGAAUUCUAGACAUCAAAUCCCAACCAGAGAAGGCGCCAAGAAUACUUUGGAUGAUACUGCUUCUUUACUCCUUGGGAUGAAUGAUGUUAGAUCUGACAGGGCAAGAAGGCAAAGAUCAGAUAGCCCUUUCUCCUUUCCUCGGCAAAAGCGUUCAGUAAGGCCCCGCUUGUACCUUUCUAUUGAUUCAGAUUCAGAGUAAAGGUCAGACCUUGUGUCUCAAGAACUUUAGGUACUCUUAACAUCAGAUUUCGUAUUUAGAAAUUGAAGAAAGUUGAGAGGCAUUUUUGGUCCUCAUGAAAUGGCAGUUAAUACAUAAUGAUAAUGUGGUCUGAGGCAUCUCUGGUGGAACAGAGCUACAAAUUACCCUGUGCCAAAAUGCUUUCACCUACCCCAUUGGCAAAGAUGUUGGCCCUAAUGAUUCUUUGCUCUUGAUAUCUAAAUUGUCCUUGUGACAGAUGUUUGCUGGGGGUAUAGUGCUGGUUUGUUGUAUAGUUAAUCAUUCAAAUCUGUAGUUCAAACUUUCAAAUUUGGUGGUAUAUUAUUUCUGCAUUUUUGUCUCUGCUGAGAGCAAUAACCUGUAAAUGUUUUAGCCACAUAUCAGAUCCAACAGUGAAAUCAAAGAUAUUGUUUCUGGCCAUUUUUCUAGAAUACUAUGUUGUCUCAAGUAUCAUGCCUCAUGAUCGGCCAAGAUAGACGCCCAUUUCAUAACACCUGGACGUUGAUAUUUAUUUAACAUGUUUAGGCACCUAUGAUGCCUCCCCGUAA